AACUGUGUUACGUCAUUAAUUUCCGCGCCCCUUCCCGUGAUGGGUUUCCCUUCGCGCCGCCAUCUAUGUCAUUCUUCCUUCUUUCCGCAAGUCGAGCUGAAGAUGGCGGACCAGGCUGUUGUACCGAGCGAUCUUUUUCAACACGUGUACUCUUUUCUAGUGGAAAACAAGUUCACCAAGGCCGCACAGGAGUUUACCAAGAAGGCUAAAGUGAAACCUCUGGACACUGAAGCAACGAAUCUUGUAGAUGUCUACAACUUCUGGGUCAAGUCUCCCGAGGCUAAGAAAAGGAAAGCAGUGACCAAUGGACCAGCUGCGAAGAAAGCCAAGCAGGAGGACAGCUCAAGCAGUGAGGACUCUUCCAGUGAGGAGGAUGAGCCAGCCAAAAAGAGAGCUGCAGUGAGCAAACCCACCACUCCUGCAGCCGUUAAGCCCUCUGUGAAGUCUCCGGCCGCCAAGAAAGCGGCAUCUAGCAGCGAUGACUCUAGCGACGACUCGGAGGAUGAGAAGAAGCAGCCAGUCAAGAAGAGCACCCCAGCAGUGGCUGCUACACGCAAGACCCCCCCUGUGAUGGUGAGGAAAAAGGACUCUAGUUCAAGUAGCGAGGAUUCGGACAGCUCGGAGGACGAGAAGCCAGCCACUAAAGCAGCCGUCUCUAAGCCAGCUCUGAAAGCAGCUACCCCCACGGCUGUCAACGGCAAGGCUAAAGAUGACAGCAGCAGUGACGACUCCAGCGACUCUGAGGAUGAGACGCCUGCAAAGAAGACCAUCACCCCAGCUAAGUCCCCAGCUUCAGUGAAGACCCCAGUGAAACCUGCUGCUGCAAAAGCUACCCCUGCCAAAGGGGGCGCCGCAGAGUCCAGCAGCGAGGACUCCUCUGACGAGGAGGAGAGCACCCCCAGCAAGAAACCCAAGCCUGGACCCUACAGUGCUGUCCCCCCUCCCACACAGCAGAAGAAGCCCUCCACCCCCGCAACAGCAGCCAAGAAGCCUGCGAGUAAAAAGGAGACUGCAACGAAGAAGCCAGCUGCUAAAACUACACCUGCUAAACCAGCAGCCGCAACACCCAAAGCAGCAGCAGCAGCAAACUGUUCAGACAGUUCAGACUCCAGCUCUGAGGAUGAGAAAGCGGCCACUAAGAAGGCUGUGGCCACUAAGAAGGCUGUGGCCCCUAAGGCGGCCACGCCCCCUAAGAAGGCCACGCCCGCUAAAGCGACUCCAGCAAAAUCAGCUGCAGCCAAGAAAGAAUCCUCCUCUGAUAGCUCAGACAGCUCUGAGGACGAGGCACCAGCAAAACCAGCUACCAAACCUGCUUCCAAACCAGCUACACCGGCAGCCAAACCCAAAUCGCCUGCCCCUACCAAGAAAGCGGCCAGCAGCUCUGAUUCAGACAGCAGCUCCAGCGACUCGGAAGAGGAAGCCAAGAAGAAACCUGCAAAACCAGCAGCAGCUAAAACACCAGGGUCUAAACCUGCCACACCGGCCACCGGCAAAAAGACAGCGGCCGCGGAGAGCAGCUCGGAGUCGGACAGCUCUUCAGACGAGGAGGAGAAAAAGAGCGUCACCAAGCCUGCCGCUAAGAGCCUUGCAGCCAAGAGCCCCAAAGCUGCCAAAGGAAAGCCUCCCGCAGCUGCAGCCAAAAAGGCCAAAGAGUCGAGCAGCAGCAGCUCGUCGGACAGUGAGGAGGAAGCACCAAAACAGAAACCAGCGGCGGCCGCAAAACCAACCCCUGCGAAGCCCGCCGCCGCAAAAAAGCAAGAGAGCAGCAGCUCGGAGUCCGACAGCUCCGAGUCAGAGAGCGAGAAAAAGCAGCUCAACGGGAAGCCCGCAACCCCCAAGACCCCCGCUGCAGUAAAGUCAGCCACGCCCAAACAAACACCUGCUUCUGCAAAGAAGCCAGCAGCAGAGUCCAGCAGCAGCGAGAGCAGCUCUGAUUCUGAGGACGACAAGAAGACACAGCAGAAAGGCAAGGCUGCGGCUCCGGCAGUGACACCCACCGCGGCAAAGAAAUCUGCAGCAGCCUCGGCAAAGAAGAAACAGGAGAGCAGCUCCUCCGAGGACAGCUCGUCGGAGGAAGAGACGGCAAAGGCGAAGCCAGCAGCAGCCCUCACUACAAACGGCACAGCAGAGAAAAGGAAAAGAGAUGCUGACUCUUCGUCGGAGAGUGAGGAAGAGGAGAAGGCAGCUCAGACCCCCAAAAACAAGAAACUCAACGCACAGCUGCCACACACCCUCCCCAAGACCAAACAGAAGACUGCCAAUGCUCCUUUCCGUAGAAUAAAAGAAGAGGAGAUUGAAGUGGAUCCUCGAUUUGCAAACAACGAUUUCAACGCAAAGCUUGGCGCGCAGGGUGACUGGGGGGAGAAAGCCAAUGAUGUCCUGAAAUUCACCAAGGGGAAGUCAUUCCGUCACGAGAAAACCAAAAAGAAACGUGGCAGCUACCGGGGCGGGGCCAUCUCCACCUCCGUCAACUCCAUCAAAUUCGACAGCGAUUGAGACCGAGCCGCCACCAGAGACCAGAGCUGGGACACGCGACACCUGUGCCAGGCAUUUCUUUUUGUUUUGUUUUUUUAAUUAACCAAUUGCUGAGCGGUAUCUUCUUCGUUGUUCAUUAAUUUCCCUGUCUGCCCGUAUUUGCAUUUAGAUGUUACGUAACUGUGAAAGACUUGCAUGCUUCAGUACGCUCUCUUGUAUUUUUGUUUUUGGUAUGGUCUGAGAGCAAAGCAACUGUAAGAAAACAGGGUGAUGGGAGACAUCCUAUCUCUUCCUGAUUCCUUUUGUUUUUCUAAUAGUUUUAUUUUAUGCGAUGCAAAAUGUUUUUUCUAAGAAACAAAAUGUAUUAGAAAUGUUUUUUAAUGUUGGCAGGCUUGGCUGUUGAGAUUAAUACAGGUCUCCUUGCAGUUUCAUUAUCAGGGAGUAGAAUUGUUUGCAUUGAACACCUGCCACCAGUGGCUGAGUAUUGGCACUGCAGUUUCCUUUUUGACACUGGGGUCCAGAGUCCCCCUGGUUCUAUAUAUAUUAAGUGAAAUGAUUUAACACCUAGAAGAUUAUUGAAUUGGUUCAAUUUAAAUAAAUUUGGGCAGUGGUGGAAGAAUGAACAGGAGGGCUCCGGACAGGAAGUGUGGCCCCCUGAUCUCGUCCCCGCGUGCCCACCAUUUGGAGUUCUCAAAGCCAUGCUAACAAGGUGCUUGGAUGGUAGUUGUAGAAGUUUCAAUUUACAGUUUGUGGCCAGUUAAUAUUUACGGUAUAUUGACCCAGCUCUGUUAAAAUGCUCUCUCGUUAAUUAGUCCUCCCCGUAUUCAAUCUAGUUACCUCUGCAGAGUUUUUUUUUUUUUUUUUUUUUUUUCAAAUUUGCGAUUUGUUAAAAUACAAUUACAAUUGUAAUAUUGCUAAAAGGAUUUUGUUUUAAUGUUGUUUUUUUUUCCUUUGAACUUGUACCAGAAGUUUGGAAUGUAUAGUUAAAAACUGAAGAAUAAUACAACUUGUAUAAGAAUGUGGUAAUUGUUAAGCAAUUGAGUGUGACUGGUAACUCAAAACCCUACUCCACCAUGGCUCUCACCUGUGCAUUGAACACAGGUUUUACCUCCGAUGUAUUUCAAGCACAAAUCAAAUGCAUUAAAGUCCUUGUAUAUUAUUGAAAUGCAUUCCUUUUUGUAGAAUUGCACAUGCUGUUUCUGAAAACUGCCUCUUGCUUUCUACAAACAGUUAAAUGAGAGAGGAGGGGGGGGGUUCUACUGUACGUACCAGAGACACUCAGUUUAAACACUUUUCUUUUUUGGCGGAAGACCUCUUGUUACUGUAAUUAAAAGAAAAAAAACAAAA